UUUCGCGAGCGUUUAUUCGACGAAGCAUAAUCGCCGUCGACGCUGUUUUGUCAACUUCGUCCUCGUGAAAACGUGACCGAGUUUCCGUCAGUCGGUGCCGAGAAAACUUUGGCAUUAAUUAUAUUAAAAACAAAGGUAAAUUCAGGAUAAAAAGUGCCGAAGGAUAAUUAAUUAACACAUCCCCGAAAAUAUAUUCAAAUAUUCCAAGUUUUCCAAACGUCUCUGAAGUAACAAAAAGUAUCCGUCUCUCUUGUUCUCUUCGUACGUUUUGCUCAAAAUAACUUAUCAGAAUUUUUUUGCCUGUGAUCCUGACUUCGUUUACGUUGGAUCAACUGUUUUAUUUAUAGAGAAGUGACUUAAACGUUAUAUGUGUGUACAGCCGACACGUGGAGUGAGCGAAAAAUCGAAUGUGCACGAAAGAAGGGAGAAAGUUUUUUUUAUCGACUCUCACAAGUUGAAUUUGGUGAAAAUAUUUACCUCGAAGUCUUUCGAGUUCAAAAGUUCUUCAUUCGUUUUCACUGAAUAAAAACGUUGAAAAUUUAUUGCAGAAGAGACAGGCAUUAGAGUUGCAUAAUUAAGCCAACGGACCUCAUUUUCCGGUCACUUGGCUCAGUUCCGCAAGUAUAAAAUAAUACGUCGUAAUUUCGGCGCAAAAAGUCAAGAUGAAAAACUGCAGUGUUUGCCUUGCGAAGCUAGAAAGCAGGUCGGUUUCUGCAUCGCGACGUUAGAUAUCCGGCAUAACGUCUUAUAGGUAUCCUAUACGGAUCGCGGGUUAUAUAUAACGAGUAGAAUGUAUUGGCAAUUUGCUCACCGGCGCCAAAAAACCAGGCCACGUUAGCUCCUUGAAGCGAAAGACUUCGAGUCGGCCGAUAUUUCACCCAACUUUGCGUUAAAAAAUACAAAAUAAAAAAAGGGCCGUGAGAAAAAAGCCCCUUUCUCAGCGAUGGCUAAUAUAAAGGAUGUGAAAACGCUUCGGCAAACCGCCAAUUAAUUUUCACAGUGUUGUGAAAUAUUUAUUAUUAAAAAUGUACCAGUGAAAACGUUGAUUUUAAAUUCGUUGAGUACAAGGCGAACAUAGUGAGCAGCUUGAAAAAAUAAAAUUAAAUAAAUGAAUGAAUAAAUAAAUAAAAACAAAGGAAGAAGAACCGCGCUUCGAGCGUUUUUGGAACAUCUCAAUCCGAAGAUCUCAAAAACGAAUCCGGCGCGAAUAUUCUCGAUAUAAUUUCAUCAGCAUCUGGUUAUUCCGGGGCGAUGAUGGGAUAGACUGGUCCAAGGCUUCUGGAAGAGGUGUUAGAUCCGCCGCGAUGCAUGCCGGGAUGAGAAGCGCCAUGCUGGGAUCCCCCAGGGGAGUCCCCCCAUCCUCAAACUUCCGCAGGUACGAACAGAUAAUAAUACAGAAGAGGUGGAGAAGGAAAAAGAGAAGAGAGAUGAAUUUAGACGUUGGCAAAAUGGAAGACGACUCGAGAGUGACUUUAUGGGAGGGGAGGAUGCAAGGUGAAUAGUGUCUGCAAGACUGUGGGAAAAGAAUGUGUAACAGUUUUAUAGAGAGAUACUAAAAGUUUAAUUUAGCCAGUUUUGUUAAAAAAAAUGUGUAAGUAAUUAAAAUUUGAAUUUAAACAAGACUGAAUAAAUAGUAAAUGUUAAUGAUUGUAAAUAAGCUUAAUUUUAUUUUGGACUUACACGAACAAUUUUAUAACUAUUUGAAAAGUUUAAAAAAUUUUUCGACAAUUCUUAGUCGAUGAUAUUCUAGUCCCGAGAAAAAAAGACAAGUCGAGAAAUCAGAAGACUUAGUUUCCUCUUUCUUAUCCGUCUUCUUCAUCCUCUACAUCCGCUGUAUUGACGCCGUUGACAGUGUCGCGUGUAAGUUCCCGACACGAACGUGAAUCGUCGAACGUGCGUGUACGGUUUAUAAAAAACAGAGGGGCGAAGCGCUCAGUUCCGGAGCCAGGGUCACCAGCGGCGACCGACCGCCUCCUGUUUCCCCACAUAUACGGGGAUCAUUGGGGUGGAUUUAGCGGUGGAUUCGCCGGGGAACGUCGAGCACACGCGAGGGGCUGCAAAGCGGGCCGAGAUAAUCUCCGUCGGCGUCGACGGUGGUGGAGAACCGCGGAGUCGGCCCAUAAGCCGCAGUCAUACCCCAGCCGCCGGCGCACCAGGUGCUUAUCCGUCUCGAGUCCCGUCGCAGAGGUGGAAAUAAAAGAACGGUUUCGCCGGUAGUCGUCGGGCAUUCGUGUCGGGGAGGGAAAAACCGAUCGGAACACGUUCGGAACGCGUCGCGCAACGACAUCUGCCGAAUAUCAAGCCGGACGAAAGUCCUGCGACUCCACGCUCCACCGGAUUAAUCGGUCCGACUGCCCACCAGCGCCACCCUGCAUCCUCGACCGCCGAAUAGACGGGCACCUCGGACUGAUUCAGCCAGUUUCAUCGUCCGCCGUGUGACGUCGCUGGCGUUGCUGCCUCUCUCAUCGAACAUUCGACGUCUAUCGAACUACUUCGAUACCGACCCUCAUCGAGCUUCGACCCGGAAUCAAAGUUUCAUCCCGAAUUCAAAAGAUUGUACGAUUGCACCGGUGAUGGUUCAAGAAAGCGACGCUCCACGUGGAUAUUGUAAUAAUAAUAAUAAUAAUAACAAUAAUUCGUCAGGCUUCGAAAAUUUGAUCGGUGAUCUACGUCACAGUGAGAAUUGAGAAUAAAUAAAUAAGUAAACAAAUAAGCGAAACAAGUUGGAGGUUUUAAGAAUCGCGGAAGAAUCGAGGAACAGAUUCUUCGUCAACGGCAGCAGCAGGUCGCUGACAGCAAGGGGGUUGAAAGGAAGAACCGUUUGCGGUAUUGACCUCACUCGCGCACCCUAGUCGCGACUACGCCAUCGCGAUAGCCACGCGCCACAAGGACGAGACGCCCUCUCUCGACGUCGAACCGAGGGCAGUAAACUGCGGGUGCGUGAACGAGCCGGGAGACGGACGGACGCCGCCGUCGUCGACGCGGCCCCAGACCGCGGGGCGCGAUUCUCCCAUCCCUCGAGGAAUAAAUCCGGCGCCAAUUGACGGAGGGAAGAUAAAUCGAGACAAAAUAAAGACACACGGAGGGUGGAUCGUAAAAUGGUAUAAAUAUCGAGGGAAGGGGGUCCGGAUUACAAGGUUGUACGAGAAAGUCUCAACUAGUUGGACACUGUGUCGACGAUAAGUACAGCAUACCUAUAGGAACGAGGUUGCAGAUAAAGAAGAGGAGAGCGUUCCGAAGGGACAAAGAUACGCGGAUAGGGGAAGGAAAGGGGGGUAGGGGAAGGGAAAGGAUCUGGGAAAAGCACAGGGUUGAAUGGGUGGGCCGGGCGCCGGGCGGGCGACGAGGCAGGAGUUGAACAUCGUGCCACACCACGUCGGCCACGGGGAGCGAGUCCUGGUGAUCGGCGAGUCGCCAGCAACCGCGUGCCGCUGCUGCCCCCCGGCGACGACGCCGCCACCGGUGACCGCGUUGCCCUCGCCACCGCCACUGGCAUUGCUCCACAUAUACGGGAUCAGCAGCAGCAACAACAACAACAACAACAAAAACAACAACAACAACAAUAACAACAACGCCGAGGCGACGGUAGAGGAAACGGCCAAGGCGGCCAUGUCAUCACCCCCCAAGCAUCGACGGGGUUUCGAUCCCAACGACGCCACGGCCAACGACUUCCGGAGGUACAGACGGGUCAAGACACGACAGAGAGCCAUUCCAUGUCCUCUGCGAUCAUCCCGAGAGUGCGUUCCUCGGAUCCCACCGGGUUGAGCCGGCAACCCGGAAAACCACCCCGCCCUGAACACACGCAGCACAUGGCCACAUUGCAGCCACCGCAGGCACGGCACAGGCAUAUAACAAAGCACCACUACUUCGCACCGUGACACACUCGCUUGCAUUGUUUGAUGUUGGACCACUGGUUGGCUGGUUGAGCUGCUUUGCGCGGUCAAGUGUCAAACCCUGACCUACGACGUCACGGCUUACUCCGACGCAGUCGAUGUCGAUGUCUUUGCCGCUUCGCAGAGCUUCUGACGCUGGACCUUGAGCUAUCUAACGACUGCUACUGGCUGGAGAAGAAACGCUUUUGACGUGAACGGUGAUGGCUUCAAAGGCUGGCCAUACUCAAGGAUCUUCCCGACACUCUCCUGCUAUUGCAAUGUCUGAAACAUGACAGUUUAAUGGAUUGAGAUGGACGCUUGAUUGGUGCUGACCUCACGCACUUAUGCUUACGAUGCUUUUUACUUUAUCGUAUUACAUUUAUACACAUUGUUAUUGUAAUAUUCAAUCUUUACCCAAUUCCCUGAGGUUAUUCAUUUUUAGAUUUUUCAACAAAUAUUUUGCAUAUAUAAUGUUUACGUCGUGACCCUCGAAUAAUGAAAUUCAAGUGCGAUACCAGUCAUCGCAUACAAAAUUGAUUAAAAUCAACUCGUCUGUAGGUUCUAAAUAAAAUUUCGUUCACCCAACUUAUAAAGAAUUGUUAUAUUAUUAAUAAUAUUGCAAUAAUCUCAGAAUUGAAACACGUGUUGUUUGUAAUCGAUGCAAUGGAUGAUAAGCACUUGUCAAAUUCUGCGAUAACUCAAUGAUCGAUCAUAUCUAGCGAUCUUAUCCGUUUUUACGACAAAAACAAAGUAUUUUGUAAACCCUAUGAGAGAUACGCAUCAGACUAGCGGUAUUAUCGAAACUGUAAAAGUACAUGAAAAAGCAGGUCUCGAGUAGUGAGAGUUUUGGAUCUCGUCUUAAAUAAGCUCCAUAAAAUUGAAAAUGCUUUGGCGGCAGAAAAUAUAAUAUUCUAAAUUUUUGAGGAAAUAUCCUAUUCACAUCAUAUAAGAGAAUUGAAUAAAUCCAUACAAAUUUUCUAAAUGACUCUUGACUUGUUUCCUCAAUUUGUCAUUACUGCAUUACUUUCUCUCGAUCACUUUCUCGAAAAUAAACUGAACUUCCGGCGAUCACAUACUCAGAAAAAGGUGCGUGAUUCUAUUUCACGAUAGCAUUCGUGACUGGAAAAUUCUGGGGUAGACGUAAUUACACCCAUCGAAAUAUCGAAAUGACGCGUUCAUGCUUGAGGUGACAAAUAACCAUGUCAGCCAGGGUUCGAGUAUUCACUCUUGGUUCACUUAGUAUAUCCAAAUGAGCACGUAUUUCCUACGUUGUUUGUUUGUUUUUUUUUCCAUUUA